AUGGUUAGCGAAUCAGUAGAUAUCGAAUACCUGGAGAAUAACCAAUACUCUGAUGAAGGAAUAAAGGCCUAUGAAUUUAUAUUUGGAGAGGAUUACAUUUCCUCUGGAGGAAUAGUCGCAACAACGAAAAUUCUGAGCGACAUAUAUUUGGAACCAAAUUCGAAAGUACUAGACAUUGGCUCCGGGCUGGGUGGCGGCUGCAAAUACAUAAAUGAGAAGUACGAUGCCCACGUUUACGGAGUGGAUAUAUGCGAAAAGAUGAUCGCCAUUGCCAAGCUAAGAAACAAAGAUAAAUCGAAGGUCGAAUUUGAAGCAAUGGAUAUUUUAAAGAAAGACUUUCCAGAAUGCACGUUCGACAUGAUAUACAGCAGAGACGCCAUUUUGCAUUUGCCUUAUGCGGACAAGAAAAAAUUAUUUGAAAAAUGUUACAAGUGGCUAAAGCCAAAUGGAAUUCUUUUGAUAACUGAUUACUGUGCUGAUAAAAUAGAAAACUGGGACGAAGAAUUCAAGGCCUACAUUAACAAGAGAAAGUAUACCCUCAUUCCUAUCCAAGAUUAUGGAGACCUCAUUAAAUCAUGUAAUUUCCAAAAUGUGCAGGCAAAAGAUAUAAGCGAUUACUGGCUGGAGUUACUACAGAUGGAACUGAACAAAUUAGAGGAAAAAAAAGACGAGUUCUUGAAGUUGUAUCCCACUGAUGAGUAUAACUCCUUGAAGGAUGGAUGGACCAGAAAGAUUAAAGACACCAAGAGACAUCUCCAAAAGUGGGGCUACUUCAAGGCGCAGAAGAUGGUCUGA